AAGGUGAUGUGGUUCAGAUCAAAUGUCCUUAUGAGUCAAAGUAUAAACAAAGCAUAAAGCAUUUCUGUAAGGAAGAUGAAUGCAUUACAGAGCAGCAGAAAUUUCAAACUCAGGCUAUGCAAGGAUCAAUCAAGGAUCAACCAAGACAGACCGGCUGUCUUUGGAUGAUGACAUCAUGGCCACUGCUUUUAGAAUAAUCAUCAGUGGAGUAACUGCAGAGGAUGCUGGGAAAUACUGGUGUGGAGUGAACAGUGGUGGAGUGGUGAUGUAUUAUCUCUCUACCGAAAUGCAGAUAAUCCUAAAACAAGGUAGUAAAGAUCUCUAUAUUCAUAUAAUUUGAUAUAGUACAUAAUCUGUUUCCAUGUUACAUGUGAUGUCAAAAUUGCUUUCCAGUGCUUUUUGUGAGUGGAGUUGAGACUAUUUUAACGUGCAUUUUAACGUUAACGUGUAUAAAAUUGAUCAGAGAGAAUCUGCAAAACACCAAGAAACAUUCUUCUGCAUGGGGGAGCUCUCCAGCCGUGACAAAGAUGGAGGCGAAGUGUCAUCAGAGAAAACCAGAAAUGGACGACUCUCUCUGACUGAUUAUGCAUCUGCUGGAAUCUUCACUGUGACCAUCUCUGACCUGAGAGAGGAGGAUUCUGGGAUAUACUGGUGUGUGGAGAAGAGCUAUGGAUCCUACAUCUACACUAAAGUACAUCUACAAGUUACAAAGACUGCAGUUUCCUCUGUCAUCAUCCCUGUGUGCAUCUGUGUGAUUCUGUUGCUGAUUGGAGGAUUGACACUGACACUGUACAAGCUGAGAAACUUCAAAAAACAAGGCUCCACUUCUUCAGACAGCACAAAGAGGACAAACACGGAUGAAGUGAUUAUGUGGGUAUAUUGUGUGCGUGUGUGUCUGCACAGUCACAUGUAUAUGAGAGUGUUAGUUGUUCCCUUUCAGGUUCCCUCUUCUGCCUGUGACUAUGGGGAGGUUAAACACCACACAUACGUUCCUGCCACACACAGUGCUGUUUACAUGAAUGCCUCAUUUCCUGCUAACAUCCCUCAUGAGGAUGCAGACCAAGGCCCCACUUACACCACCGUGAUUUUCCAGAGUAAUCCAGAUUCUCCCAGUAAUCCAACAGUCACCUUCAGGGAGGAAGAAUCUGCUACAGAAUAUGCCACUCUCAAACACCACACAAGGCUGGAAAUCAUUCAGAGAAAGGAAAAGAAUGAGAGAUCAGAGCGAGAAGUCUUCGGUCCUUUCAGAGCACAAACUGAUGAACGGAAUAAAUCCAAUGACAUAAUUAUGAAGCUCCUCCUCAUCUUCAGUUUCUGGCUCUUCUCAGGUCGUGUACACUGUGCAGAUGUGAUUGGCUACACAGGAGGAAGUGUCAUAAUCAACUGGCAUUAUGAUAUCCUUAAGUACAUGAAUCACACAAAACAGUUUUGCAAGAUAGCUCAAAGCAAAUGCACAGAUAAAAUAAUUCCCCAGAUGGUGAACAUGUGGGCUGAUGAAAUAAAAUUCAUAGCUGUGGAUGAUACUAAGACUGGAUUCUACAGUGUGUUAAUAAGAAACAUAAGUAAGCAGGAUGCUGGAACCUACAGGUUUGGAGUAGAAGGAGCCUCGAGUUCAGAUGUGACACUCAGUGUGAAAGAAGAUCCUUGCUGUGGACAGUUACUCACACAAACAGCUCACCAAGGAAAGAACAUUACGCUGAACUGUACACACCCAGAGAAGUAUAAAAGUGAUAUCAAGUAUGUGUUCAGAGUGGAUAAUCACAGCAUCCGUGCAGUCAUUCCUGCUGUCCAACAACCAGAAGGGAAACAGAAGUUUUCCCUUUUGGAACACACACAAGCAAACAUGUUUAGUGUGGGAAUCAGUGAUGUGACAGUGGAGGAUGGAGGACUUUACCUGUGUGGCGCUCAGAGACAAAGGGAAUCUGUGACCCUAUACUUUCCUGUCUUCAGUGAAAUACAGCUCCACGUCACAUCAACAGCAAGCUUCCCUGUGUUUCCCACAUCUCCAGGCAGCUCACCGCUCAGAUUUUUCAUCAUCACUGUGUGCGUGUGUGUGACUCUGCUGCUGAUCGGAGGAUCUGUACUGAUGGUCUACAAACUGAAAUGCCAUAAAACACGAGGUUCUACUUUCCCAUCAAAUAGAAGAAACACAGUAAACAAUCAUGAGAUUCAACAUCGUCCGUAUUAUGAGGAGGUUCCAGACUACACACAGGCCACAUCCACAACAGUUUAUGCCACCGCCCAGAAACCCAAGGCUCCUCCCACCUCUCCUAAUGCUGCUAACAGACCUGCAGAGCCUGCACUUGAUUUCUACUCGUUAGUUCUACAGCCCCUGCCCACAACAGACGUCCCUGCAGUGUAUGCCACAGUGCACCAUGGACUUAAUGUUUUUGAAAGCCCAUAUCUGUAUACCAUGCUGAGUUAUGAAAUUGAACUAAAUUACACAGCAUAUGAAGGAGGAGACGUUGAGUUCAGAUGUCCAUUUGAGUCUGAAUAUGAGCAGAACUCUAAGUACAUUUGCAAGGGUGAUUGUAAGUCCCCCUUUAAAGAUGUCCAAAAUAGCAGAUUUUCAACACAGGACAAAAACACCUUCUUCAUUGUCACCAUCACUAAUGUGAGCACAGAGGAUGAAGGCAUAUACUGGUGUGUAGCAACCAGCAACUUGUCUUCCACUAAUUACCAGGUGAAGAUCCAGCUAGCCAUAAAACCUGAGUUGACUUGUCAUUUAGGUGAAAACAUAUCUAUUCGCUGCCACUAUAACCAGGAUCUCAGAGAUUUUGUAAAAUUCCUCUGCACUGGACAGCAAACAAAAUGUGUACAUGAAGGGGUCAGGGUUACAUCAGAGAAGCCUAAACAUGGCCGUCUGUCUCUGACUGAUGAUGUUUCUGCUGGAGUCUUCACUGUGACCAUUGCUAGCCUGACAAAGGAAGAUUCUGGGAAAUAUUGGUGUGGAGCUUCUACAACUAAGGACCAUGUGUUCAUUUCCUCUGUGGUUCUUGAAAUUUUUCAAAAUUUGCCAUUUGAAUUCAGUGAAAUAAUGGAGGCAAGCAGAAAUGGGGUAAAAACAGUUGGAGUAGCCCACAUCCCCGAUUCAGUGUCUACUUCUGUGAUGACUUCAUCAUCAUUGGAGCUACUGUCUUCGUCCCCGGUAUCAUGGCUAUCAGGAGCAGGUGUAGCCAUGAUCAUCAUCCCAUCUGUGUUGGCGACUCUGCUGCUGGUGGGCAUCAUACUGCUUCUCAGAACAAGACUAAAGAAACAUGAUCAUGGCUUCUCUCAUAUACAACAGGGAGAUGAUAAUAGAGGGCUUGCUCAAACUACCGCUGAUUAUGAGGAGAUUAAAUAUCAACCAGAAACACACAAAAGCUCCUCUGCUGGUGACACCACAGACAACUCAGGUUCUGCUGGAGACCCCACCGACAGCCUCAACUAUGACAGAGUGACCUUCCUACUGAAGCCAGACAGCUCUGACCAGAAUGCUUCAUCAGCAGAGAUUUGUGUUUACACCACCAUCAGUCAGCCCAAGUCCUAACGAGCCGGAGAGUCACAGGCAGGUCAGACGAGCUGUGAGGUUGUGUUGAUCAAAAGCAUGCUUCUCGAAUUUGUGCUUAUCACAGUAUAUGGGAGGGGGAAAGAGGUCAAAAGAAUUGAUUAGUUUGAGAUCUGUUCAUAUUUAGCUUUAUGUGAUAAAAUGGGUAUUUCCAGUUCUAAAUUGUGACUGGCUGUGUCACUGAAUCUUCCUAUUUUGCCUUCAUCUUUUGUUAUUGUUGUAUACAAGCAGUAAGCCACUCAUGACUAAGAGAGAAUACAGUGUGUUACAGCGAUAUUACCAUGGUUACAGUAAUUUGAGACACUGUAAUGGGCAGCCAGUAGUGGAUAUUUUUUUUAUUUUAGAUUUAAUCACUUCUGUUCUUUUGUCUUCAGUUUUUCUUGUGCAGACUAGAAUCAAUUAACUGUUACUACUUGCAUACAAAACUACCUUAAGCAGUGUCACGGUACGGCCCCUCCUCCCAAACGUGUGGCCACGCCCUCCCUGUGUUCACACCUGCUCCUCAUUGUGUAUCGUUAGUAUGCGUUUAUAUGUCUCGUGUUUGACUGUGUAUGUUGUCGAUGUUUGAACUCGGUUAGCCUACUAGCCACGCAGUCGUCUUUGUGUAGCAAUAAACGUUUCGUUGUUUUACUCGACUAGUCCCCGCAUCCUGCUCUGCCUCCUCAUGUCACAAGCAGGUGUAACGGACCGAGUGCCACAGGGCAGUAGGACGCACAGCCUCCCAUGACGGAGACAGACGUUUAUUGAAAGAUGCAUACAACGGUGGGACGCACACAUAACGUAAACGGCGAAUACGGACAUGAACAUGGGCAAUAAUUGACGGUGACGCACACACCGACAGGGGUUUAAAUACAUAAACAGGACACUUAACUAGGUGCAGGUGUGUGCAAACAUGGAGGCCUGAUUACAAUCAAGACAAAACAAACUCCCACUGCAGGUGGCGGGCCGUAUCACAUGACCGGGGAGAGGGGAGCGUUCCGUGACAGCGGGUUUUUCCAAGUUUUCAUUAUAUUUUGUGUGAAUAAAUAUUGUGGAGACUGAGAACAAGAGUAGGCCCUCUAGACUAGUGAGUGGUUGACUAAGACUAAGGUGAUGUGAUUGAGUCCCAGAGAAGGUAAUAAUUUUCAUACUGAUAAGUCUGAAUAAGUGCAGGCCCAACAAGAAUGUAAAAUGUCGAAUAAAAAGGUGACAUUAUGUAACGUUACGCUUACUGUUAUGUGGAAAUGUGCUGGCCUCGGUUAGCUUGUUGGCUAAAUAAAAUGUUAAUGCUUCAACUAGUCAGUUCUGACUCAGUAGAGAUGUUACUCAAUUCCAGUUGUUAGUGCUCAUAGUGUGUGCAGAUGUCACUGAGAACUAUAAUAAAACUAUGUAGUAAACCCUAAGAAUACUUUUAUGCUGUGUACUUAAGUGCCAAUGUGUAAAAAGUAAUGAAUUAACCCUGCAUUUGUAGUGUGUAAAUAUGAUGAGAGUUAUAUAUGUCAGGAACAUCAGAUAUGUCUCAGUGGUUGAUAUGUUUGUGAUGAAGCCUGUGCUAGCUUCUAAUGUUGGAAGGUUGUAUAUCACUCAUGAUGAAU